AUGCAUCGUCUCCGAGGAAAGAAGAAGGCUCAGGAGGAGCCUAUUCCUCCUCGGCCUUCGGUCGAAUCAGACCAGUCAGGUCCUUUCAAAAUGUUUGGCCGGUCGAAAAAGGUGGUGGAGGAGCCCAAGCUGGAGAUCGAUCUUGCCACAGCCCUUCCCUCGAGCGAUGACUUCAGAACCAGCUUGUUGAUGACAGGACUUUCAGCUCGGUUUUCCAUGCUGCGGGAGCAGGAUGACCCUUCCAGUAAGCUUGGAAAGGCCAGCGACGACAGCGUGUUGUUUCCCAGGCGACAGUCAAGGUUGGACUUCGGACUCAACACCGGUUUGACCGAUAUUGCGGAGGUUGCUUCUAUCAGAUCCAACACCUACGCUCGGUUAGAAGGUGGAUAUAUACCGGACGAUGUUCCCACGACCCCUACGAGCAUGAUGACCCGAGGGAAGCCGGUGGAGGGAAACAACCUAUUCGGCGGCAGACAAAAGAUUUACAAGAUCUCGGGCACAGGAUCCACCAAGUCUGUACAUCUUUCAGGGCGCGCGCUCUAUGAGGAUGAUGUGGCUAUGUCUUCUUUUCAAAAAUGGAGACAAACUGAGAGAGGGAAGUCGUCUCUUGACGGGUACGACGAGUCGGCCGAUAAUGUAGAUACAUUUGAUCUUGGCCCCGAGUCACCAUUCCGACAGGAUUUUAACAAAAGACGGGAGACGAACUCGACAACUUCGUCAGUGCCCUCAGCGGCUCGAAAUUCCACCGCUGCCACGUCUGUUGCAUCAUCGCAGCCAGCAUCUUCUCUGAAAGACUGGCAACCUUCUACGAUAGCCGCACAACACUCGAAUAGCUCAACACCCCACGUCGAGCGGAGUGUCACACGCACACGUCGGUUGUAUGAACAGAGCUUGACACAAGACCUCCAGGAACACCAAUCAUCAGCUCUUUCUCGCAUUGAUACACUGUCCCGCCAACGCCACUUCAGCAGGACGCCUGACCUCACUCCUGGGGCCCCGUCACCAACCAGCGCAACUUACAACGAGCGAGCCAUAACUCAGCAACGAUCAAUCCUCACCAAAGCGAGCGCGCCGAACCUUCGCUCAUUCAGCCCACCGAACACUGGUGGUUCGCAGCAUGGCACAAUCCCCAAGCUGCCGAAGAUGGAGACGAGGCAGGGAUUUACGACUUCACCUCCUUUGAGUCCACCAAUCAGCGAAACUGGCGAGCCACAAUCAUUUGCCUCACUUCCAAAUGAUGCUGGAAAGCCCUCUGGACAUAGCUACUUCAGCCGACCAACACAGCAAUACGACGAGGGAAAGUUUGCCCAGCGCCAACGACAACUUCAGCAGGCGAGUGAGCCAACCUCAACGCAAAUCCGAAGAGAGUCUGGUGCAUCGACGCCUACCAGCCGUUCGCGAUCUUCUUCAUCAGUCUACCGAGUGCCAGUCGAAAAGACAGAUGGCGGAUCUAUUCGACCAGAGCCAACUGUGAAAGAAGAAGACAUGGUCACUUCAUUCUUGGAUAUGGGUGAUGAUGAUGAGUCGAUCGAGCCUGUACCAAUACCAGCCAGGCAUUCUGAUCACAGACCUGCCCCAGUGCAAAUAGAGCGACCAGCAGAUAAUGAACACCCUGCUCUGAGGAAGGCGAGCAUUCCUUCUCCUCUACCACUCAUCCAGGGAAGUGACGAGGCACCCAAUGCGAAGGACUCCGAAACCGAAUCUCCUGAGGAUUCCCCAACCUUGGGUCCUGUCUCGGGUCUCAGUGGAAUGGUGCGUCAGCAUCUACGAACUACAAGCAACACAUCAUCUGCAUAUGAUGAUGAAGAUGACAUUGAUGACCGGGCUUCUACACAGUCACCCACUGCUGAGCGGUCAAAUCAUUUGAUGCCGACUAUGCCAUCUCGAAUCAACACAUCAAGAGAAAACUCGUCGCCCAUGCCAUCUGGAAGCAUUAGAACUCCCACUAGUCCUGCAAUGCCCACACCAUUUCAACCUCGUCAGACUCCUCAGGUACCCCAGCAACCUCCUCCAUUGCCUCCUUCCCAACACACUCAUUCAGACUCUCUUCCUGAUACUGGGGCACCAAAAGAGUCACAGGAAUAUGAUGAAUUCGCCCGCCAUUUGGCAGAUGGUGCUCGCCGGGUUCGCGAACGACUGACAUCUUACGUUGAAUCCGACCACAGCCGAUCGUCUUCACCUGCUCCCACUCCUGCUCCCAGCCAGGAAGCAUACCAUCCCCCACGUGGAUCGAGCCUUCGUCGCCCUGAACGUAGCAGAGCGACCUCAACCGAAGGAGAGCGGCCCCCGAGGGACCACAGUCAGUCAAGGGCUAUGAAAUUGCUGGGACUCGGUUUGACUCACCAAUCGACAUCGCCGCCUCUCCCCAACCACCCGGCGUUUGAGAACAGUGAUGCUACCGCCAAUGAAUCUGUGCGCAGAACUUCGGAGGAACAAGAAGCUGCAGAUGACAAGGGAGAACCUGUCCAUGCUGGCUUGAAGGCCUUCCGCCAGGCGCGACGAGAAUUGCAGAGGAUGAAGGAAAAGGAGGUUCAGCAGAGAUAUCAGGGACCUUCAGACUCGCGCCCCUCUCCCAAUGGCCAAGUCCCUGACCCGCCCAACCACAUGCCGCCCCCUCCUCCCUCUCAACGGUCACCUGCUCCCAACGGGUGGCAAGACCGCAACGGACCUCCAGUAUCGUAUAAUCGAAUGUCAAACGAGGAUCGAAGGAAUGGGAGCAGGUCAAGGACCGGCUCUGUCGGCCCGUAUGAUCGAGACAGGAGCGGAUCGGAAACAAGCAACUAUGGCCCUCCUCGACCCCGUCAGACAUCAUCGCCGUAUGGUGAUUAUGAACGCCCCUAUAGCCCAGCUAUGAAUGGAAUGCCUCCACAGGGCUAUGGCCAACGGCCGUCGGGCACGCCUGACUACAGACGACAGAUGGGUAUGGCUUCAAACGCAAGUUCUAGAGACACUUCGCCAGCUAGAAGUCCAUAUCCUCGCCCCUCCACUGGGAAUAGCGGACACAUGGGCAUGAGGCAAGGGCCAGGGGCCAGCCCCAAUGCUAUGGGAUCUGCUCCCCCAUUGCCUCCCAUUAACCCAAGACGAAAGAACCAGGGAAGCGACGUUGGGCGGGAUGGUCCUCUAAACAUACCAAUGUCCGACAAACCCAUGACCGGACGGCCACCUGUUCGAAUGCCCGACGAAGAGACCAACCCUAUUAAUUUCAGACAGAGGCUUCGCAAGGUAACCAGCGAGGGCAAUGGUCUCCGCGGUCAAGUGAAUCGAUCGAGCCCUCCUCGCGAUGUCAUGCCCCGAAUGCCGGUUUCGGGGAUGGGAGGGAUGAAAUAA